AAAAUUUCCCUUCUUCCACGCAAUUAAGAGGAACAACCACAAGCAGCUCUAUCCAUCUCUCUCGCUUUCAUCAAACCCCACAGACCUAAUUAAUUGGAGAAAGAGGUUGAUUUAGAAAUGGAUGCUGGUUCAUGGAGUGCUCGUCUUUCUUCAGCUUCUAAGAGAUAUCAAUCAGCUCUUCAAUCACGAUCUGAUAUGUUUAUGGGGUUUGAAGAAAUAGAUGGAGAAGAUGAUAUAAGAGAGGAAUUUCCAUGCCCUUUUUGUUCUGAGUAUUUCGAUAUCGUCGGCUUGUGCUGUCACAUUGAUGAUGAGCAUCCUGUGGAGGCUAAAAAUGGGGUAUGUCCGGUCUGUGCAACAAGGGUGGGAGUUGAUAUGGUUGCGCAUAUAACCCUACACCAUGGAAAUAUAUUCAAGAUGCAGCGCAAAAGGAAAUCACGUAAAGGUGGAUCUCAUUCAACACUUUCUCUUCUGAGGAGAGAGCUGCGAGAAGGAAACCUACAAUCCCUCUUUGGGGGUUCUUCUUGCAUAGUGUCUUCAUCCAAUUCAGCACCUGAUCCUUUGUUGUCUUCAUUUAUUUUGCCCAUGGUUGAUGAUUAUGUUAGUGUUCACCGUCACUUUUCUAGCGAAACAAGCACAACUAAGAAAAGUUCAGAUGUGAAUAAGUCAGAAAGAAAUGUCCAGUCAUCUCUCUUCAGUCAAGGAUCAGAAAGAGAAGGCAAAAAGAUGUGAGUUUGUCAAAGGGCUGCUGUUGUCCACGAUUCUUGAUGACAUUUGAUGAAGAGCAUUCUGCCUUCCUUUGGUCACUGCAAUUGUGGACCUUAAUCCCUCAUGGACAUUGGGUUCAUGGCGAAGAGCCCUACAACCUGUGGUUGUUACGCUGUUUGUAGUGAAUAUGUUGAUGUAUUAAGCAAAAUGUUGAAUACAGGUGUAGGAAUGACUGUAAUUUAGUUUUUAUGCCUGAUCAUGAUUUCCGCUUCACCUUUUAUUUCAGUUCAUGAUAAUAUCAAAAAGAAGAAAAAUGAUUUA